GCUAAAAUGGGUUUGAUCUCCGGAAUACUAACGGGAAUUAUAAUCGGGAUCGGGAUAAUUUACGGAUGGUGUCAAAUGAUGCAGCAUCGAAGCAAAAAACGUAUUGAAAAGGCUGUUGAUAUGAAACUUCUUGGAUCACUUGGAAGAGAUGAAUUGAAAAAGCUUUGUGGUGAUAACUUUCCUGAAUGGGUUUCUUUUCCUGUUUAUGAACCGGUGAAAUGGUUGAACAAGCAAUUAACCAAAAUGUGGCCAUUUAUCGCAGAUGCUGCGACAGCAGUUAUCAAAGAAUCGGUUGAACCUAUACUCGAGGAAUAUCGGCCACCAGGAAUAACUGCAUUGAAAUUUAGCAAGCUGUCUCUUGGCAAUGUGCCACCGAAAAUUGAAGGCAUUCGUGUUCAGAGCCUUAAACAAGGGCAAAUAACAAUGGACGUUGAUUUCCGUUGGGGUGGUGAUCCAGACAUUGUUUUGGGUAUUGAAGCUGCUAUGUUAGCUUCAUUACCAAUUCAGCUGAAAGAUCUUCAAGUUUUCACAGUUAUUCGUGUUAUCUUCCAACUUUCCGAAGAGAUCCCAUGUAUAUCCGCUGUAGUUAUCGCGUUACUUUCAGAGCCAAAGCCUAGAUUUGAUUAUAUAUUGAAGGCUGUUGGUGGAAGCUUAUCUGCUGUUCCUGGACUUUCAGAUAUGAUAGAUGAUACUGUGAGUUCAAUUAUUACAGAUAUGCUUGAGUGGCCACACAGGAUUGUUGUCCCACUUGGUGGUGUAGCCGUUGAUAUAAGUGACCUAGAACUGAAACCUCAAGGAAAGCUAACAGUGACAGUUGUGAAGGCAAAUGAUCUAAAGAACAUGGAAAUGCUUGGUAAAUCAGAUCCAUACACAGUUCUAUUCGUGAGGACAUUAUUCAAGGUGAAAACAAAGGUUAUAGACAACAACUUGAAUCCCAAUUGGAAUGAAACAUUCGACUUGAUUGUUGAAGACAUGGAGACUCAAGCUCUGAUGUUGGAAGUUUUUGAUCAAGAUAUUGGACAAGACAAGAGAUUGGGUGUGGCAAAAAUACCCUUAAUUGAUCUUGAAGUGGAAGGAACAAAAGAAAUCCAGGUUAGACUUCUUUCAUCACUGGACACACUAAAAGUAAAAGACAAGAAGGAUAGAGGAACCAUAACAAUUGAAUCAACAUAUUAUAAGUUCAACAAGGAAGAACAGUUAGCUGCUCUUGCUGAAGAAAAGAAGAUUCUAGAAGAGAGAAAUAAACUGAAAGAGGAAGGAGUAAUCGGUAGCACUAUGGAAGCAGUUGAUGGGGCGGUUUCUAUUGUCGGGUCAGGAGUUGAGGUUGUGGGUAGUGGUCUUGCCGUCGGGGCAGGUGCGGUUGGGACGGGCAUUUCGGCCGGGGCGGGGGUGGUUACUGUGGGUGCCGGGGCAGUUGGGUCUGGACUCGCCGUCGGGGCGGGUGCGGUUGGGACUGGUCUGAGUACUGGUGCGGGUAUUAUGGGAAGUGGGUUUGGAGCGGUUGGUGGUAGCCUGAGUAAAGCUGGAAGAUUUAUGGGUAGGACAUUUGCCGGACAAUCUGGUCGGAAAAGUGGAUCAACGACUCCGGUUGAGUUUGAACUAGAAGCCGGCGGCGGCGCCAAGGCAAGAGUUUCUACCUCCACUCCUCCCACUUGAAUAUUUAAUUAUUUAUUACAUAUUUUUUUAAAUCUUGCCUUAUUGAAAACAUCAUAAUAUUAUUAAAUAAUAGGUGCUCCUCCUAUCUAUAAUAGGAAUAAUAAUAAUAAUAAUAUGGGAUUAAUUGGGGAGGCCUGUUUGUUUUUUUUGUUUAGAAAUGCUGCCUGUGCUAGUUUCGAGGCUAACUUUUUACUUUUUACUUACACAAGUCAAACGAAUGAGUCUACUAGCUUGCUCUGUUUAUUUA